ACAAGAAUUCCAAAUCCUUCCUUUCUCUAUAUAAAUGCUUCCUUCUCUCUCAAUUUUCCCCUACAAAAAAAAUCAUUCUCUCUCUCUUUCUCUCUAGAAACUCCAAUUUCUUCUUCUUCUUCUUCUUCUUUUUUAACAGAAAAAAGAAAAGAAUAGAAAAGAAAAAGAAAAUUCAUUUCUUUUCAACAUAAAAAAAAAAAAAAGACUAUGGGCUUGGGCUUGGGCUCUCCUACAAGGCCCAUCAACAUUGUGAAGAAGAAGCCCAAUCAGAGAAACGAGGUGAUUUCGUCCCCACUAAACUCCCCGUCUGUGUUCCAUUUCCCAAAACAGCCCAAUAAACAGCCAAGAAUCACAGAAGACGUCACUUUCAAAUGUCGUCAUCCUUCUCACUGGAAUUUACUGCAAAAAGGAGCUUCCAUGGCCUUCGACAUCCUUGAACAAGCUUUCCUAAAUAACGACAAUCGAAAUCUUCCUAAAACCUUCGACCCACAUGUCCAAAUCGCCGGGAACUAUGCUCCGGUGCCGGAACACCCAGUUUCUCACUCACUUCCGGUCACCGGCGUAAUCCCCGAUUGCAUCAAUGGCGUCUAUCUCCGUAACGGCGCAAACCCAUUUUUCGAACCCCUUGCUGGCCACCACCUGUUCGACGGCGACGGCAUGAUUCAUGCUGUCACAAUCGGUGGUGGACGUGCCAGCUACGCCUGCAGGUUCACUGAAACAGAAAGGCUCGUGCAAGAAAAAGCCAUCGGCCGGCCGGUGUUCCCUAAGGCCGUCGGUGAGCUUCAUGGACAUUCCGGCAUUGCCCGUCUUCUUCUCUUCUAUGCUCGAGGGCUCUUUGGACUAAUCGACCACCAUCACGGCACCGGAGUCGCCAACGCUGGUUUGGUCUACUUCAACGGCCGUCUUUUGGCCAUGUCAGAGGACGACCUUCCUUACCACGUCCGUAUCACCCCUUCCGGCGACCUAAUCACCGCCGGUCGGUAUAAUUUCGAGGGCCAACUCAAUUCUCCAAUGGUCGCUCACCCCAAAAUCGACCCGGAUACCGGCGAGCUUUUUGCUCUUAGCUACAAUUUCACUCAUAAGCCGUAUCUUAAAUACUUCCAAUUCUCACCAGAUGGGAAAAUUUCACCGGAAAUCGAAAUUCCAGUGGAAAUUCCAACGAUGAUGCACGAUUUCGCCAUAACAGAGAACUUCAUUGUGAUCCCUGACCAGCAAGUCAUUUUCAAUCUUAAGAAAAUGCUCACCGGAGGAUCUCCAGUGAUGUACGACGAGAAAAAGAAUCCCCGAUUCGGGUUCUUACUGAAAAACGCAAGAGACUCGUCAAAUCUCACGUGGGUUGAUUCUCCUGCUGACACGUUCUGUUUCCAUCUCUGGAAUGCGUGGGAAGAAACAGAGUCAGACGAGAUCAUCGUGAUCGGGUCCUGCAUGACCCCACCGGAUUCCAUUUUCAACGAACGAGACGAGGAAUUCAAGGCGGUUCUAACCGAAAUCCGGUUCAAUUUGAGGACCGGGGAAUCGGCUCGCCGGGCGAUCAUUUCGGAAUCGGAGGACGUGAACCUGGAAGUCGGAGUUGUGAACCGGAACCGGCUGGGGAGGAAAACUCGGUACGUUUAUUUGGCAAUUACAGAGCCAUGGCCGAAGGCCUGUGGGUUCGCGAAAGUGGAUGUUUCAUCAGGAGAGAUAAAGAAGUAUAUUUAUGGCGAUGAACGGUACGGCGGAGAGCCGUUUUUUUUGGGAAGAGAAAUGGGUUGUGAUUGUGAGAGAGAAGAUGAUGGGUAUAUAGUGGUGUUGGUGCACGACGAGAAGAAAUGGAGAUCAGAGCUUCAGAUUGUGAACGCCAUUGAUUUGAAGUUGGAAGCUUGUGUGGAGCUGCCAAGUAGAGUACCUUAUGGUUUUCACGGCACUUUUGUACAUGCUAAUGACUUAACACAUCAGGCUUAGUUCAGCACAAAUAGUUGUAAUUGUUUCUAGUAAUCAUUGGACGUUGAUUCAAAAUUUUGUCA